AUGCAAGCAACGAAACGAUAUACCUUCGAGGCUAAUUUGUCAGAUGGGCGUUGUGUCGACAUUUUUACACAAGCCGGAGCCGAUGCAUAUUUAGAGUUUGGAAUGUCCAAUGCUCCCAUGAGUCUCUCUGGAAAUGUGAAAGACAUGUCCAAGCUGCUCUCGAAGCGAAAGUUGAAUGCUAAAGAUAUGGGUGAAUUGGAGAAAAUGAAUGCAUUCUCGAAUGGGAUUUGUAGCUAUGCAAGCCACGAUGUCUUUCGUCAAGCGAUGCCAGCAUCUGAGAUUGAAGUCUGGCUGGAAUUUGCCAUCGAGCGAAUCAACACGUUCAGCACAAAUCACAUUUACAUCACCACAGGUAAGCUAGCAAACUAUGAUCUUUCUUUGCUGAGCACUUGCUUGGCAAUGAUGCUGCAUCCUGUCCCUACGGCACUCGUCUUUGAAAGUCAAUUUUUCCAAGCUUUGGCUGGCUUUGUCAAGGCUCGCAAGGGGAAUGGACGAGCGUUGCCCUGUGCUGAUAUUUGCGCCACUGUCACCUUGAUGGUUUCAAACGCCUACAUGGCAACUCGAGCGGCGUUUGACAACAAAUGGACAAGCGAAAAGGCGUUGAAGAAGCUUGAAGCGACCGGGGUCCUUGAAGAGUUCAUUCGAUGUGCGACGGUGCCUCAGCCCCCACAUUGCUGUAGCCCCCAGUUGUCUCUUAUGAUUGGCGAAUUUCAAACUUGUACUCCUUUUCUUACUAAGAAGCUGGUAAAGGGGCAACCAUGUGGAGACGUCGUCCAUGCCAUUCUCGAAGGGAGAGACGGAAGCAGAGCCGAGCGGCCCAACAUCCUCAACGGACUGAAGACCAUGGUCCGCUUUGUGGAAUCUAUUGACCCAGUACAAAAGGAUGCAAUUGACUAUAGAAUUUGCCGAAUGUGUGGUAAAGGAGAUACUUCGGAAUCCUUUCAACAGUCGCUCAUGAAGUGUGCUCGAUGCCAACAGGCCUAUUACUGUUCCAAAUCAUGCCAACGUGCGGAUUGGAAGCUGCAUAAGAAAGUCUGCAUUCCCAGGACAAAAUUUGAGACGAAGCAAAGCGAAAACCUCGAACAGAUGCUCCAUACAUUUUGUGCACAGCAUUAUUUUCGUAUCAUGGUCAAAAUGGCAAAAGCAUGUGAGCAGACGGGACAGCACAAGAGUGAUAUGCUUGUGGAACUGGAUUAUUGUUGCAAUGAAAACGGGAUUGUGCCAGCGAUGAAAGACGAACCCGAGUUUAAGAUUGCCCCAGUGAAGGAAUAUCUUGAAGGGUCCAAGCCCGCUGAGCCUGAUUGGUUCGGUAAGAAAGGCAGCCAGGAAUACAACGACAAUGUGAAGGGGUACCUGCACAAUCUGAAAGAUCAGUACAGCAAAGUGCUUCCCAGUCAGUUCUUGUUUUUGGUCAGGUAUCCAGAGGGAACCUCGACUUAUAAACUUCAGCUUAUCGAACCAAUCACAAAGAAGCAAAUGUUUUCUCAACAAGCCGUUCGUGCUUUCAAAACGUACAUGGAUCAUGGCGAUGAUGGGCCACUUUCAAGAUUCUUGAGUCCUUCGUACGUGGUGGGUGUGAAGAGGAAGCUCGGCAUUGUGUAUGGGUAUGGAAUGCCCGACGGUGAAAUGUCGACCCAGCAAGCCAUGGACGUGCUCCAAUCCUUUGGAAUGGAUCUACACCUGAAUUCGACUCGAUUUUAG